AUGAGGACUAACGGACAGGAGGCUUUCGGCGCUCCGGCCACCGCCCGAGCAGAACGCAGCGGAGCUCGGAGUCCGUGCAACGGGCCGCUGUGGCAGGACUGGACAGGGAGUGGCAAUCUGUGUUUCUCUGCAGGGGUGGUGCAGUUCAUGUUUGUGUUGGUGCCGCUGGUUCUGUUUCUCAUGCUCAUCCUGCAGUACUACGGCAACCCGUUCGAAGCAGACUGGCGGCAGGUUUUACCUGCAGACAUGUUCAGUAGGCCCUCCAAGGUGCCUCUUAAACAGUCAGCCGGACCGUGUGUCCACAGAACCUGUCCAGAGGAUAAUUUCAGCUUCUCCAUCCACAGUGGAGCGGCUAACGUUGUGGGUCCAAAGAUCUGCGUCCAGAAAAAAGUGGUUCUUGGAACGAUGCUGAACAACGCCGGAUACGGAAUAAACAUUGCUAUAAUAAAUGGUAAAACGGGAGAAGUCAUAAAGACCGAUCACUUUGACAUGUACAGCGGCGAUGUCAAACCUCUCAUCGAACUCCUGAAGAGCAUUGAG